CAGCCAGGGUGCUCUGGGGAAGAGUGCCGGGCUGUGCUGUGGCCAUGUCUUUCCGGUUUUCCAGUGGCUCCAGGAGGAUCUGCUCACAAGCUGGGUCCCCCCGACUGUCCAGGGGAGGCUCCGGCUUCGGGGCUGGAACCACGUGUGUCGCUCCAGGAGCAGAAAGCAGCUUCGCCUGCACGCUUGGGGCUGUUUCUUCUGCCGGAAGCUCCUGCCAAGGUGGAGGUGGGUCUGGCAGCGGCAUCUUCACUGGUUUCCUGGGAAACGAGCAAGGCCUCCUGUCCUGCAAUGAGAAGGUGACCAUGCAGAACCUCAACGACCGCCUGGCCUCCUACUUGGCCCACGUGCACACACUGGAGGCCGCCAACACUGAGCUGGAGCAGAAGAUUGCAGACUGGUACGACAAGUGCGGGCCAGAGCACCUCCCAGGGCUCGGUCAUGACUACAGCAGAUACUUCUCAGCCAUCGAGGACCUGAAAAAACAGAUUAUUUCUGUGACCGCCUAUAAUGCCAGCAUUGUUCUCCAAAACGACAACGCCCGGCUGACUGCUGAUGACUUCAAGCUGAAGUACGAAAACGAGCUGGGCCUGCACCAGCUCAUGGAGGCCGACACCAGCAAUCUCCGCCGGGUGCUGGAGGAGCUGACCCUCUGUGCCGCCGACCUGGAGACACAGUGUGAGAGCCUCACGGAGGAGCUGGCCUUCCUCCAGAAGAACCACGAGGAGGAAACCCGAGCCCUCCAAUGCGCGUCUGGAGGGAACGUGAACGUGGAGAUGAACGCGGCCCCCGGCGUGGACCUCACGGUGCUGCUGAACAACAUGCGGGCGGAGUACGAGGACCUGGCCGAGCAGAACCGCAGGGACGCCGAGGCCUGCUUUCACGAGAAGAGCGCGUCUCUGCAGCAACAGAUUUCGGAUGACGCAGGCGCGGCCACAGCAGCCAGAAAUCAGCUGAUGGAACAGAAACGCAGCCUGCAGAGCCUGGAAAUAGAGCUCCAGUCCCUCCUGGCUAUGAAACAAUCCUAUGAACACACGCUGGCUGAGACCGAAGGAAAUUACUGCGUUCAGCUCCAGCAGAUCCAGGAUCAGAUCGGGGCAAUGGAGGAGCAGUUGCAGCAGAUUCGAACGGAAACAGAAGGCCAGAAACUGGAGCACGAGCAGCUCCUGGACGUCAAGAUGAUUUUGGAAAAAGAAAUUGAAACGUAUUGCAACUUACUAGACGGAGAGGAAGGCAGGAGCAAAGCCACGUGCCACAGAGCAAAAGGAGCCAGGCCCGUAAAUUCUGGAAAUCAAGUCAAAGACUUAACUGAAGAAACAUUCGUCAAAACAAUGGUGGAAGAGCUGGACCAGCUCGGCAGUGUCCUCUCCCUCAGGGUCCACUCGGUGGAAGAAAAAUCCUCAAAAAUAAGCAACAUCACCAUGGAACAGCGCGUGCCUGCCAAGGCUCUGUGACCAGGGCAGAGUUAUUUUAGGAAAUUAUUUUGCAAAUCCUGCCUUUGCAAGAGCCCAUUGGUCAGAGAUCCCAAAAUACUGUCCCUUAGAUUUAUCUCCAAAUUGGGUUUCUCCUUCUUCCUUUCUUGUUUUUUUUUCCAUGUAAUUCUUUUCAACAAGACUAGAAAAAGGGAAAACCUCGCUCUGCCUAGUUUUGUGUCGUUCUCAGGGGUCUUUUGCCCUCUCAUUACAGACUCUUCUGUUGCAAGGGAAUUUUUGUGUAUAAAUGGGUGUCUUACAUGCUAAUAAAAUCGAGCGCUUCACUUCA